GUUUUGGCGCCUAUUCUUAGCCGAUUUCGCUCCGCCUUAUGGUGUCGAGGUCGCUGCGCCUUGCUGCGGCAGGCGCGAGCGUCGCUCUCGCCCAAGACAACGCAGCGUAUUGCACUGAUGCGACGCUGUUGCAGGUGCAUCUGCCGCUCUGCCGCAGCGUCAACCUGCCCGCGUGUAGCCUCGCAUCGGGCUACGCGUUUGGUGCGAACAGCGAGUUUCCCAGCCAGCACCAGUGGAGCGUCCUCUGUCAGCACGAAAGCUGCCAGACGCUCUUCCUCGAGCUGCGCCAGAUCCAGUUUCCAGUCGCGUGCCGGUACUUUGGCGUCGACAACCCCAAAGUCGACUUUGUCGGCAACUACUUUGGCUCGCUCUGCGCGCCCUUUCACUACAAUUGACGAUGUCAACGUCUUGCUGUAAUCUAUCAAGUUGAUGUUUUCUUCCUA